CUCUGGGGUGGCGGGGACCGGAAAGAGUUCCGAAUACGAUCACCAAGUUGCUAAAUCUGCACUGCAAGUGCUUGAUCUCCGUGCUUGCCGCUACAUAGAGGAGCUGCCAAGGGAUGUUAGAAAGCUAGUCGAUCUUAAGCAUAUCUACCUGCACGAGUAUGUGGAAUUUGCACAUAUGCCAAAAGGGAUUGGGGAGUUAACAUCCCUACAGACCUUACCUAUUUUUGUAGUUGGACAUAAAGGAGAUGAUGAGACCGCAAAUGGAGCAGCCGGGUUGGAAGAGCUGCGAGAGUUGAAUUCUUUGGGUGGAGAGUUGAAGAUUGCAAAUUUGGGGCACGUCGAGCCUGUGACUGUGAGUGGUUAUGUCUUAAAGGACAAGUUGCGGCUUCAGUCCUUGGUUUUAAAAUGGGGAUACCCCGAUUACGACGAUGCUACUCGCUCUGCCAAUGAUAAAGAGAUGCUCGAAAUGCUCCGCCCUCAUCCCGAUCUUAAGAAAUUGGGGAUUCACGCAUAUCAAGGAGUGAAUCUCCCCAACUGGUUGUCUACAAUGACCAAUCUCGUGGACUUUAAACUGAUCAACUGCGUAGAAUGCGAGUACCUUCCGCCAUUGCAUCUAUGCCCAUCUCUGAAGAAGCUCCACAUCAGCUGCUGCACAAAGCUUUUGGGCAUUAGAGACGACCAUUUUAGUGAUGAUGAUGCUGGCAACGACGAUUUCCCCUGUUUUCCUGCUCUUUCCAGCUUGAAAAUCACUUUUUGCGACAUGCUGAAGCGGAUGCCUCUCUUCCCAACUGUUGACGCCCGGUUGGAGUUGGACGAAUGCUGGACAUACCCACUGCUUUGUACAAUGAUGAUGAAAUCGUCUAACCUUAGUAGCCCGCCACUCUCCCAGUUGUCGAGUUUGCUACUUGUGGAUCUUGAUGACCUGGAGUAUCUGCCGGAGGAAGGUGUCUGCAACCUAACUUCGCUUCAGAAGCUGGUUAUCAGGCGUUGUCCAAGAUUAGCCACUCUGCCUCCUGCUAUGCGACGCCUAACUUGUCUGCAGAUACUGAUUAUUAAAGGGUGUCCCUUGUUGAAAGAAAGGUGCAGAGAAGGAGAAGGUGAGGACUGGACGAACAUUUCCCACAUCCCAUCAGUAGAGCUCAGCGACUAAUUCUGAAAACUCUCUACGAAUUUUCAUUCUGCUGUUUGCAUAAUGACAUUGUUGCAGCUUUUGUUUCGGUCCCUCGGAAAAUUUUACAAGCCAUUGGACUGUAGCUAACAAAAAUACAUACUUGCGGACUUGCCUGACUUGUAGCUAACCUUCUUAUGCUGAAUUCGAAGGUCGGUAACUUCUAAUAAGUGUUUGCAAAUCUA